CCAAACACGUGCAAGGCGUCUCAGCGGACCAUAGAUACAGAGAUAGUUUUGUGAAGAAUAAAUCGACACCCGGUUUACCAAACACGUGCAAGGCGUCUCAGCGGACCAUAGAUACAGAGAUAGUUUUGUGAAGAAUAAAUCGACACAGAAAGCAUGGGUAAGAUUAAAAUCGAAAAAGCCGACGCAAGUGAAGUGUCGGCCAAUGAGUCGGUAUUGAAAGACGAGGACGACUAUGAGGAAAAGCUGCGAAACGCAAGCGCUAUCGCCCAUCCGAUGGCAUCAAAGAAGCUGACCAAAAAGAUCCACAAGCUCAUCGAGAAAGCCUCGAAACAAAAGACCUUCCUACGUAAUGGACUGAAGGAUGUUCAGGUUCGUCUGCGCAAAGGAGAAACCGGAAUCGUUGUUUUCGCUGGAGAUGUGACGCCAGUCGAAAUCAUGUGCCACCUGCCAGCCGUUUGCGAAGAAAAGAACAUUCCCUACUGCUACACGCCGAGCCGCAAGGAUCUGGGUUCGGCCAUGGGAGUGAAGCGCGGCACGGUAGCGAUGCUGAUCAGGGAGCAUGCGGACUAUAAGGACAUGUAUGAUAAGCUGAAAGUUGAACUAGCCACCCUUCCCGUGCCUACGUAAGUAGACGUAAGCAACUGAGCCCAUAUGAGUGGAUGCGAAUGAAUUAAGAUAAGAAUUUUAGAGUUAUUACGUCUCAAGCCGUAUGUUUGAAAUCACUUUUAUCAAAGUUAGAAUUUUCUCUAAUGAAUUCAGAAUUUGAAUUUUAUCAAACGGAAACAGUUUUUCAUUUCUUUAUAGACAGCCAAAUUUAUUUAGUAUUUGCUACCGAUCAGUUUUUCAAAAGGAUGAAAGAGUACACUUAAAUUUGUCUAUCGCUAAAAUCAUAAUAAACCUGCCGUAUAAAACCCUUA